UAACAAUAUACGAUCUUUGCUCCCCCCAGUCAGCUGAUUCAGAGGGGCGUGGCUGGGAGCACGCAAGCGCCCGCUAAUGCUGUAACGGCCAAGUUUAGCUCUGUGGCUGUGCUGAGCGGGUGGGGUACAGUAUAAACACCUAGCUGGUAUCCUGGAUAUCUAAAGGUUUGUGCAAAUCUUUAAUGGCGUACCGCCUGUUCUGAACCAGCUUAAACCGAAGCUGAAAUGCGAAAGUAGUCGUUAGCAAAGCGAGCCAGGCCGAGGACAGCUGGCUGGCUUUACCCUUCAUCCAGACAGGAGCAUAAAUGUUUCACACAUACCAGUUUACCGAGUUCGUCGACGUUGGAGAGGAUGCGCAAGGACGUGAGGAUAUUAUUACUGGGAGAGCCCAAAGUGGGGAAGACGUCUCUCAUCAUGUCCCUGGUCAGCGAGGAGUUCCCAGAUGUGGUUCCCUACCGAGCUGAGGAGAUCACCAUACCUGCAGAUGUCACACCUGAGAGAGUGCCCACACACAUUGUGGACUAUUCAGAGGCGGAGCAGACAGAUGAGCAGUUGUUUCAGGAGAUCUCCAAGGCAAAUGUGAUUUGCAUUGUCUACUCUGUCAACAAUAAGAAGUCCAUAGAAAAGGUGACCAGCCACUGGAUCCCCCUCAUUACUGAAAACACAGACAAGGACAGCAGGGUCCCUCUGAUCCUGGUGGGAAACAAGUCAGACCUGGUGGAACACAGCAGCAUGGAGACCAUACUGCCCAUUAUGAACCAGUACAGUGAGAUAGAGACUUGUGUUGAGUGUUCAGCGAAAAACCUGAAGAACAUCUCAGAGCUGUUCUACUAUGCCCAGAAGGCAGUUCUGCACCCCACAGGUCCUCUCUACUGUCCAGAGAAGAAAGCUAUGAAGACACUUUGUGUGAAAGCCCUGACUCGAAUCUUCAAAGUGUCUGACUUAGACAAUGAUGGGAUUCUCAACGACAACGAGCUCAACUUCUUCCAGAGGACGUGCUUCAACACCCCACUGGAGCCUCAGGCGCUGGAGGACGUGAAAAAUGUGGUGAGGAAGAAUUUGAGUGAUGGAGUGUGUGACAACGGACUCUCUUUGAAAGGCUUCCUGUUCCUCCACACCCUUUUCAUCCAGCGGGGCCGCCACGAAACCACGUGGACUGUGCUGAGGAGGUUUGGAUAUGAUGACGACCUGGAAUUAAAUCAGGACUACCUCUUCCCUCCGUUGAAAAUUCCCCCAGACUGCACCACAGAGCUCAACCACAAUGCCUACCUCUUCCUCCAGAGCGUCUUUGACAAACAUGACAAGGACCGUGACUGUGCCUUGUCAUCAGGGGAGCUGGCAGACCUGUUUGAUGUUUUUCCCUACAUGCCCUGGGGUCCAGAUGUCAAUAACACAGUUUGCACUAAUGAACAGGGAUGGAUCACCUACCAGGGUUAUCUCUCCCAGUGGACGUUAACAACAUAUCUGGAUGUCCAGCGAUGCCUCGAGUAUUUGGGUUACCUUGGUUACUCAAUAAUUGCUGAGCAGGAGUCCCAGGCAGCAGGAAUCACAGUGACCAGAGAUAAGAAGAUUGACCUACAGAAGAAGCAGACCCAGCGCAGCGUCUUCCGCUGCAAUGUCUUUGGAGACAGUGGCAGUGGAAAGAGCGGCUUCCUCCAAGCCUUCCUUGGUAACAACCUCAUGCGCCAAAAAACAAUUAAAGAGGAACACAGAUCCUACUAUGCCAUCAGCACGACAUAUGUUUACGGCCAGGAGAAAUACCUUCUUCUUCAUGAAGUGUUCCCUGACUUUGACUACCUGUCUGAUGCUGAUCUGGCCUGCGACAUUGUCUGCCUGGUCUAUGAUGUCAGCAACCCUUACUCCUUUGAAUACUGCGCCAAAGUCUUCAAGCAAUACUUUAUGGACAGCAAGACUCCAUGCAUGAUGAUAGCUGCCAAGUCAGACCUGCCAGAGAUCAAACAGAUGUAUGGCUGCAGUCCUCUGGAGUUCUGUAGGAGGCACAAGAUGCCACCUCCCCAGUCCUUCACCUGCAACACUGCAGCAGCACCCAGCAAAGACAUCUACACCAAACUUACCACUAUGGCCAUGUACCCCCACGCCCGGCUGCGCUGCAUGUGCACUUGUAACCGGUGCACCUUCUGCUUGUGUCAGAACUUCCUGAACUCUGAGCUGCUGCAGAUGGUCAGGGCCAAACUCUACGCUGUUGUACUCAGAAGACAUGUGAGCCAAGCAGACCUAAAGAGCUCGACCUUCUGGCUGAGAGCGAGCGUCGGGGCCACAGUGUUCGUGGUGCUGGGCUUCACCAUGUACAGAGUGCUGCUCAAACCCCGGUGAUCCUCGGGCGACCGGGGUCCACCGCUCUUUACACCCACGACACAUACAGAGCUAUUUUGACCAGUCACAAAAUAAGGCUUUCUCACUUGCAUUCUGAAGAGGAAACAUUUGUUAAAAAUCCACCGUUGUUUUGUAGUUUAAUGGAUCCCAGUUGAAAAAUAAUGCAUUUUGUUUUUGCGUGGGGAAAAUAGUGAGUAAACAUUCAUUUUCAUUCCACUGGAAAUUUCUCUUUCUGUGGAUAAAAGAGAACCAAAUAUUUAAUUUUGUACCAAAGUUGCUAAUUUGCUUAAUCUGUUAGUCUUCAAGUAGUUGCAAAGUAACAUAUAUAUAUAUAUAUAUAUUUAUAAUGAAAAUGAUGGUAAGAUGCUGAUGAGCCAUGAUGAGUAACAUAUGAGUGAGUUACAUGUAGCUAUUUUUUGGUUGCUUGCUGACUGAAAUGAAGAAGUCUGUGUCAGUUGUAAUGGGGAUUUGUGAUUGUGUGAGGUGAGCAUUGCUGCUUUCAUUUGGGUGAGCAAUAUGUAAAUAGUGUAUAUAAUAUAAUAGACUGUACUUUUGUUAGUCCCAAAGGGCCAUGUGUGAUUCACGCUCAAAACAUCAUCGACAUCAACCGCCUGGUCAUGAACUUGCACAAAUAUUAGCAUUGAUUAUUCACACUGACAGAUACUGGUUAGCUUUUCAAGGCCAAAUGCUUGGGCGCACACUUUAUUAUUAUUUUUAAAUGUUACAUGAUCCAGUGUUGUAUCUGAGUCGGUGUUUGAUCGGUGGAUGUGUAGCAGAUCUGCUGCUCUCUCUCACUCUCAUGUCUUCCGAUGUUGGUCACUUUGUCAGCACAGGCUCAGCCAUGCUUGUGUACAACCUCGAAUCCAAAAAAGUUGGGACAAUCUAAAUUGUGAAUAAAAACAGCAUACAGUCAUUGGUAAACGAACAGUUUACAAAGUGUCCCCAAGUCAGAGUAGUAAUGACCUCUAUUCAGUCAUGUGUUUCACAAAGUGGCGAGCCUCUUUGUGAACAGCUGAGCUUUUCAAGGAUGCCCCCUUCAUACCCAAUCCUAUCAGCUGUUACCAGCGAACCUUUUUACCUGUGGGAUGUUCCAGACAGGUGUUUUUUGAGCGGUACACAGUAUAUGUCUAAAGAGAUUGUGAGAUUAUUACAUCCAGUUUGGUUUUUUUUAUGUUUCACACAGUGUUCAGACUUUUUUGGAGUCGUAGUUGUACUGAGAUAUUGAAACUCUACAGUUGUACAGCCAUUCUGUACAUUUUGUGUCUGCAUGCCUCAGAAUUACUGACCCCAUUCCAGUGUUUUCACUUGUGCAUUGCUGUCCAGAUCCCCAAUAACCCAGGGAUGUAGUGAAGUUUACAGUUGGACAGAAGUUCUGAACAGAGUGUUGAGUCACACUGAAGUCUGAUGUUCAUUUGACCCUUGUUGUGAUUCCUGGUCAGCUCUCCCGGUUACAGAACAUGCAAUAAUGCGGCCCUGGAUGUUAAUUUUCACACAGCUGCGACUGCUUGCCACAAGGCUCAGUUUGAUUUAUUGACUCAUCCCUGCCUUUCCAAAAGUUUACAAUAAAUAAACAUGUCUGUUA